UUGAUUUGAAGAUAAACUUGUGAAUUUUUAGAUACCAGUUGUUUCUUAACAGUCUUCUUGUACGCACCAAGUUCGCGAAUUCGUUACCACUGUAAGAAAUGUACGUUCUGAGAAUAUCAAUAAGUGUCCUUUUGAUAUGUGCAACUUUUAAUGUCGGAGCACAAGUGUCGACAAAGUUGGAUUUAAACGAUGAUUCUAAGGAAGGAACCAGUCCAAAAAGCACUCCUAGACCAAAUACGAGUAGCGGAAGCAAUAGCAAAAUUUCACCCAAAAUCGAAGGAGUGAGGGUGACUGUGGAUACCAGUGACGGGAAGAAAACGAAAGAGGCUGAGAGCAAAGAAAGUGUCGAAAUAGUUGACAAUAAAAGCACAAAACGCGUUGGUAUACAUACGGACAUUACAUUCGAAAUCACCGAUGACAAAAAUGAUUUCAAUGCUACCAGCUCUGAACAGGGUGAAAAAGAUAACGAUGCUAGCGUCCCAAUAUUCAAAGGACGCACUUCAACUCGAAGACCACAAAGUCGUCUUCCAUACAAUCCAAGGAUUCAUACAAACUACCCCGGGCAGAUUGACUAUAUUCCAAAUGACAGGGAUCGCUACAAUGGACAUGGUGUUCCAGCUUUUCCAGGAUCAAAUGAUGAAGGUAUCUUUCGUACAGUUGAUCGUUGGUCAAACGUAAUUCCUUUAACCGGAGUUUGGACAACAGAACGAACGUCCUAUUUUGUGCCAGCAAGAAGUCACUACCAGCCCCAGGAUGUGAAUUACCGAAGUUACAAUCAUGAAACUCCAAAUUAUCGUCCAGUGACACGUCAGCCUCACUACUCACAAAGCCAACAACAGUUGGGGCAUAGUCACGGAUGGCAACCUUGCGUAUGUGUUUAUGAUAAUCAGUGGAAGGAUUCGAAUUCGAUUCGUAGUUUUCGCAGUACUGCCGGACGUAAAUUGAAACCGACAGCCAGGCACUCCAGUGAACUUGUAUCCAGCAAAAUAGAGAAGUGAUCUUCCAGGUUCUUCGUGGACAUGACUUGUUUCUAAGCAACAAAAUGGAACAAUAGAACUGAAUUUAUUCGUUUGAAGUAUGCCCUCUUCAACAAAAUUUGAACCCAUACUUCCUUCAUUGUAGUUACUAUAAAAACUAGAGUCUUUUUGAAUAAAAGUCCUGUUCCUUUUCUGAA